AUGGCUAUCUGGAACGCCGUGAAAAACAUUCGAAUUGAAAAACGAUCAAAGGGCGCCAACGCGCUCAUCGAACUGGUGACUACCCGCUCGUCCCGGUUCCAAACAGAGCUGGUUGCGCUCAGACCUUUAACCCCACCCGGCGAUUCUCGACGUGCGCUGGAAGCGGUGAUUAGUGUCAUGCGUACACUCCCUGUGAACAUUAAAGGCAUGGAAUUCUGGUGCAACGAUGCCCAGCAAGCCUUCUGCUCCUAUAUCGAUAGCUUCGUUUACGAUGUCCCACAUGCACAGCAACGAAAGGCUCCUUUCAUCUAUCUUGAAGACCUCAAAGACAUUUUACAAAUCGCCGAGUCUCGUAUGUCUAUGCCCAUGGGUGUGCAGACCAUCACUAACCUCUGCUUGGCCGCACGUCGCACGUUGAUCGUGCAGAUCUCGGCCUUGAACACCAGUAAUUUCGAUUUCGGCUAUGCUCGUAGCCUUCAAACGAACAAACUUGUGUCUGCAUCAUUCGAUCCUGUUAAUAUUAUUGAGCGCCAGGUGUUUGAUCUAGUGCUAUCCUCUUCCUCCUUUGCUGAGUUGAACCUUUCUUGCGUUGCCGAGCUUUUGAUCAUCCGGAGCCAUGGGAAUAAUUCGCUAGCAAUUUGCCGUGUCGAAACUACCGGCCAACGCAGCCUAAUGUUCCCAAAUUUCCGUGGCGACGAAUUCAAGGUCACACGCACAGCGGACACUAUUACACUGUCUUCUCCAAGCCACUCAUUUUCCUUCCAGAGUCAUACAGAUGAGUUGGAGCACUGGUACGUGAUUUUGCGCAACCUUUUUGACGCCGAGACUAGCGGCACUAAUAGCAGAAACGAGUACGACAGCCUUGGUAUUUCCAUCACGAAGAGAGAUCAUAAAAUGAUUGCUGAGCAGCAGUUGGUUAGGGAUGAGUCGUAUGACUCGUUCACUCCUAAACCAUCUGGACUGACCAAACGAGAAGUUUCAUUGAAUAAUUUGAAACGCAUUUCAAUCGGGUUGCCCUCCGGGCUCACUGAUGACCUCAAAGAGAUGCUCAAAGAUCUCCAGGAAGAGGAACAGGAGAGAACUGAAAUACCAGCCCAAGCUUUGGCUGCUCCAGUGCUUCCACCACAGGUGACCAACACCCCAAGCCCAAGUAUCCUCUAUGCUCAAGCAAGUGACGAGGUCGACACGGAUAUGUUGCAAACUCCGGCUUCGUUAAAGUCAACUGUAGCAAACGCUCCGUUUGUUAUACCGUCCCCUCCUUCAGAAAGGCUCAAUGGAAAACAGCCAUCGCCGGCAGAGAUAGAGCGGGCGAACGAAGCACGUCGCAGGAUUGGCAAUUCGAUUUUGGCGCGUGAAAUGCGUGAGCGUCAGGAAAAGGUAUCCCAACCAGUGCUAUCGAAGUCAUAUUCUGCUGCAAGCAAUGAUUCCGCCGCAACUUCAGUCCUCUUCUCAAGCAACGGUCUCAUCCCCUGCUCUGAGUCAUUAGCGUCAUUAACCAGCAAGUCCGUUCCAAACGUGUCGGUCAUUCCUACGCGUCCUUGGGCAACCAAUACGGCGGCCAACAGUUGUGAAAGCCUGCCUACAGACAUCAACAAAACGGAGGUACGUCAACCCCCUAGCAUUCCGCCUCCUGCACCUGUCACCAAACCUGCACCCAUCAGCGCACGUCUUACUGCUUCACUGACACCUGUAGAUUUACGUGCAGAAUCUGCUGGCACCACAAAGAGCGCAUUGACAUCAGAUACUGACACGAGUUCUAGCACCGAUGUCGAGAGCUCGGGUGAGAGCAGUGUGCCUGAGGAGAGCAAGAAGGCCAAGUUCAAGUCUUUUAUGAAAAAGCUUAAGAUGGAAAUGUCUGACCCUAAAACGCUUUCAGCCAAGGCCGAUGAGCGGACUGAGGAUGCCGCACCUCCUGCAGAAGUUACUGCACAGGAGACUGCAGCUCUCCCCGUGUCUGAGACACCAGCAGUUGAACCGGAGGUAAAACCCCUUGCGCCCCAAAUUCAAUCGCGUGCCAAGGCCAGCUCCACAUACCAGAGACCCCUUUACGCUCUUUACAAGUCGACCUCCAUGCAAAGUUUGAACUCCAACUUAUCCCGGCCCGAGUCCUCAGGCUCGGGCUUGGGCACAGCAGUAUGCUCUGAUUCAAACAAUCGCACAAUUGCAGUGGGAGCACAGUUUGGUUCCAAUGGAUCACUUGCCUCGUCUGCGGGAUCUUACCAAUCUAUGCGUUCUCUCAGGUCUUCUGCACGAUCUGUGGAUACUUUGCACACUAGUGUAGGUUCUUCCAAAACUUGGGAGAGUUUCUUGAAUGGAGUCAAGGACGAGGCCGUGAAGACGGUUUCUCAGGCAAAUUCUGAUCGCAGCAUCCGGGAGGAAGCAGCCAGAAAGCUACGUCAACAGGAAGAGAAGCGUGUCGAAGAGAUAAAGCUUGCUGGAGAAAAGGCCAAGCAGGAACAGGCCAAACGCACUCUUGAUCCUGGAUCUGUGGGCCUUGUUACAACCACCGAACCAGCUAUUCGACGCGUUGUGGAAGGGGCUAGACGCCAAAAGGCGGAAGAGGACGCUGUCUUCAUGGCCACUGCUACGACGCAGUCUAUUGCGGUGCCUAGAGUGCGCGAAAUACGCACUGCAAAGUCCAUUGACAGUAUUAGACCUGCCUCGACGACCUUUGUUUCACCCACCUAUCGGGGGUCAGCGACAUUUGGCACUAACUUCUCUUCGCUCUCUACGCCCACACUCACGACCUCACAGCUGCCGCCAGGCAUGUUCAGCGCUCAGCUCUGGGUGUCCAAGUGGACGGUUAGCCGUUGGGUGCCACUUUCGCAGAUGGAGCUCAAAAUCGAGCUUAUUCCUCUCGGACGUGGGAUUGCCAAGGUUAACGUACACUCUUCUUCUGACAUCGUCCAGCUCACUGUCGGAGGGGGUGCAGAUGUUCGCCGGUCUGGCCGUCAUGACAUCCAGGUCCGUAUCGGAGAGGAGACAUAUAUGUUCCGCGCCCGGGCUGCUGACACCGCCAACAAGUUUUACGCGUGUAUCUCUGCCGCUCGCACCCACGAACCGUCUCUGGCCGGGAGCAAGGACUCUGAUGACGUUUCUAUUUCUACCUUGAGCACAUCUGAUGCUGAGAUGCGACGAAGAACCUACGUCCCGCCCUCUCUCUGUAAACCCCGCCGGGCGAUAACAGUCUCUUCUUCGACUAUUUAUGAGGAGACAUGA